AUGAGCCAGACUAAUAUUCAGAGCCAGGUAAGAGAAUUACCGUACUCUUUCCCCUACAGUUUGCUGAGAUGUGUGUACAGUAAUCUAGCUACAAUACCCGCUCGCUACCGUAAUCGCCAAUUCCAGGACACGUACCUCUACCACCCGUACCGUCAACGCAAAAACUCGACGACUUCGACGUACUCUGACUGUUCGAGCGCCUCUUCCGGAAGUCCGUCGUCCAGUUCGACGACGUCUUCCGUGUUCGGCACGUCGCCGCCGGUACCGUACCACUCGGAGACUACUGUAGACAUUUACGACCGUCUGAAACAGUACAUUUCCGAAAUGCCAAAGGAUCCGAUUGUGUGUCAAGUUAGUUAUGGUUGAUUUGGUUAAAAGAGAGAAAGAGGGAGAAGGGCAAUCUUCUCUUUUCUGCAAAUAUAUUGUCAAACUAGUUUUUUCUCCCGCAAAAUCGCCCGACACCUGUACUUUUCUCUUCUCUUUUCUUCCGAUUCUGGGGGGUGGCGGGGAACGAACGGAAAAGGACACUUUACACAGGGUUCAGACGGGUUUGGCAGCGGCGCGGAACAGUACAAUAUCGGCAAAAACCAUUGAGCUGAUAUUGUAGACUUUUGGGACGUGCUAGAGGUCUAGAAAAUUAUUGGUGAAAUCUUGAGAUCUAGUACUGUAUUUUUGUAGUUGGCAACUUUUUUAUAGGAGCAAAUCCUGGAGUACUGUAGCUCCGAGAAGUUAGCAUAGAAGCUACUGCCACUUUCAAGAGUUACAGUACCUCAGGGAGUGCUUGUAUCAAAAAGGUGUCAAUUGCAAAAAUGAAGAUCAAGAUGUGAAGAACAUUUUUUUAGUUGACAAUAUUUGUGUAAAAACAUUUCUAAGGUUACUGUAGCUCUAUGAAGAUUGGCCAAUAUUCACUCAAAGUUUGUCACUUUUCAGAUCCUCCUGGACAGUCUCGCGCAGGUGAUCGAGUUGGAACGUCAAUUGGCAUCUCUGGAACGACAAACUCAGCAUCUGAAAAUGCGCCAAACACUUUCGACGCCCACGAUUUCCCUCAAUUCUUCGCCUUCUUCUGCACAAAUGACCGCCAAAUGGCAGCAGGUGAGUGAAAAAGAAAAAGAAGAAGAAAAAGAAGAAGAAGAAGUUCAUUUGUGCCACCUGGUACCCUUUUCACCCAUCAAUCAUCAAGUCUUGUUAUUGGGUUUCGGUUGACUGACCUUCAAACCGAGAACAUGUAUGUAAAUAAACGGAGAAUUUCGGUUUGCGAGAUCAAAAAGUGUUCAAAUGGAUAUUGUAGAGUUCUCAAAAAGUUGCGUGGUUUUAAAAUGUUUUUCUGAAAUCUCGACGUCAAGUAGAGUAUUUUUGUAGUUGAUAACUUUUUUGUACGACCACUCCCUGAAGUACUGUAGCUGCGGGAAGUUGGAGCAGAAAUAGUGAGUACCAACUUCCAAGACGUACAGUAAUCUUAGAAGUGGUUGUACACAAAUAUUGUCAAUUAAUAAAAUGUUGUCCAUAUCUUGAUGCUCAUUUUUGUAGUUGACAACUUUUUUGUACGAGCGCUCCCUGGAGUACUGUAGCUUUUGGAAGUUGGGGGUAUCCAAGAGCUCGUGUUUUUCAGUGCAAACUUCUCGGGACUACAGUACCCCAGGAAGUGGCCCUACAUAAAAGUGGUCAACUACAAAAAUACAGUACUAGACGUCAAGAUUUCACAGAAAACUUUUCUAGACCUCGAAGACACUGUAGAAGUCUACAAUACUCGUUUUCAGGAGAAAGUGCCGGAAGACCUCGCGAACGUGGACGUCACCGAAUUCAAGCACCUCGUCCACUCGGCGCCACUCAUCUACGACUCCAUUUCCUACUAA